CCCCGAUCGCCUUGAACCCUAGCCUCUCCGCCCCCUUCGGCCCCCGCGUUCCCCAACCCUCAUCCGACCGCGCUCCACGCCUGAUUUGGCGCCGGAACGCCCCGCAGGUCGCUCGUUCGGAGCGCAGGCGCGCCGGCGCGCCCGGAUCCGGCGGAAGCGCGGCGGAUUUCGGCGGUUCGCCGUCUCGUCGGUCCCGGCGGGGUUAUGAAGGCGGCGGGAUACGACCUCUACGAUAGUAGCGGGACUGAUGAUGAUCUCCCCCCAGCACAAAAUAGAGGACUAAGAGGACGAUCUUUCAGUGGGAACGGACGCGCAUCUGCUGGGGCAUUUCCUUACAUGAGGGCAAACAAUGAUUUGGAGAGCGAAAUUCAUCGGGUUGAGCAAGAUGCAUAUACUGGUGUUCUUAGAGCAUUCAAAGUGCAAUCUGAUGCAAUAUCAUGGGAAAAAGAGAGUUUGAUUACUGAACUCAGGAAAGAACUGAGAGUUUCUGAUGAGGAGCAUAGGGAGCUAUUAAAUAAAGUCAAUGAAGAUGGGACCAUCCGUCGAAUGAGGGAGUUAAGACAGGCUGGUGGAACCCCAAGUGCUCUGCAUCGUGGCAGCAGGGCUCUAUAUGAUGCAGAACCUGGGCCCAUUGCCAAGAGACAAAGGCCAUCUCAUUCGAUUCCUUCGCAAUCUGCAGGCCUCCAGUCCCCUGUGAUGCCUUCCCACUCAGUUCCAUCUGCAAAAUGGGGCCCACUAUCAGCAAGAGGCAAAAAGCCAAAGACGCCCAUGCCAUCGGCACUACCAUCUGCGGACCCAAACUCAUUAAUAAAUCACAAAGUUUAUACAAGGUGGCCAGAUGACAACAACUUCUAUGAGGCCACCAUAACCCGUUAUAACCCCGUGACGGGUGAACAUGCACUCGUCUAUGAUAUCGGCACACAAGCAGAGACUUGGGAAAUGGUCAGGCUUUGUGAUAUGCCACCUGAAGAUAUAAGAUGGGAAUUUGAUGGACAUCUUUCAAAUCGAGAUGGUUGGGGCCCUUCUGGCCCUAUGCUGACGAGGCACCCAACCAACAAUGGUGCUAUGACAGGUCCAAUCAGGGGUAGAGGCAGGUUAUCAAUAAAUGAGCCUGUAAAGGACUACACUCCACCUCAAAAUGGCAUCAAUAGGAAUUUCGAUAACAUUGACAUUCCAAACACUGAAAGUGUUGUGACAGAGGUGGAGAGGGUAUUGUCCAAUCCGAAUAUGCGUGAAAUUGAAAAGGCAAGGAAACUGCUGAAAGAUCAAGAGCAGUCACUACUGGAUGCAAUUGCCAGACUUGAUGAAGCAUCAGAUAGUGAAAGUGAGGAUAUGGCCACGGCAGGGCGAACGGGUCCUGCUGGCGAUUAAGGUUAACAUGCCGUUUUGUGGACCACCUGCCCCAAUCACUGGACAAAGAAACCAUGUGAUGGCGAACUGACAUGAAAUGGGAGCAGUUGCCAGUUGGUGCCUGAAAUGGGAUUCUUUGGUUACUCCAACGAGGGGCAGGGAGAUGACGAAAAAAAAACUCCCAAAAAACUGUUUGGGUGCCAUCUCUUCUGGUGAUUAUGGUGGUGGUACUUCCCAUGUAACUCUAGAAGUAACUUCAUAUUCUAGAAAUGAUCAUUAACAUGAAUCACCUGAAGAUGUCUAACCCUAGCGUAAUGUCCACCGUACCGUGUUCUCAGAUGUACAUUGUAUUUUGCCCUGGUUGUGAUUCUAGCGAACAGGCAAAGUUGGCUGUUCUUGUAUUCUAAUGUGAAAAGACUUCUCAUACCA